AUGAAGCUUCGUUCGAAAAUCACAUACUCGUUUGAAUAUGUCAACAAUCACCUUCGCUGGGCAAUCUUGCCUACAGAGAUUCGACUGAUGAUCCUCGAGCAAGUUGAAAUCGGAUAUAAAGGACACGAUUUGUCGGACUGGGCAAGCGUCUCAAGGGAAUGGCAAGCCUUCUUCGAAACGCGGAUUUUCCAACACCUGAAGCUUCGGUAUCCUGGUUCCGACAUCGAUAAUCUAAGCUCUUUUGUUCACGGUUAUCGAAGAGAUCUAGUCAAGGAGAUAUUACUCCACGUCAGCCUUGACGAAUACGAUAACGUGAACAAGUUCGACGAACCAGAGACCCGAGACACGAUCAGAACGAACAACAAGCUCUUCAGUCAAGCGCUAAAAAAGUUAUUCAUCUCUCUUUCAACAUGGUCUACGCCGAAACGUGGCGUCAAAUUAAGGUUGAGCGCCAGCUCUCCGAGUGAUUCGGGCCACCCCUGGGACCAUCGCGCCGAGGCGAGUCAACAUGAUCGCAGACGUAUAUACUCCUCAAAGUCGAAACAGCGUCUCCUCGGCAACUUAUUGAACACCAGUUCCGGCACUCUCAAGCUUGCUCAGGUCCCCAUCGUCAGAAAGCUUUUCGUAAACCAAUAUUGCUACAGAAGACUGUCAGCUACGAGCCAUGGCACGCAAUAG